AAGCAGUAGCCCGAGUCCCGACGACAGUUUUUUCCGGACAAAGUAACAGAAGAUUUGAGAAACUCCGCGAAACGGACUACUCUCCUAGUAUAAACAGCACACCACUGUGUGUUUCUUUGUGUGUGAGAGAGAGAGAAGAAGAAGAAGAUUUAAUAAAAUGGGGGAUUACCAUUUCAUGUACAAGGAUGUAGAAGGAGCUUCAACACAAUGGGAUGACAUUCAAAGGAAGCUUGGAAAUCUCCCUCCAAAACCCCCGGCUUUUAAGCGCCCACCUUUUACUCCUGAAACUUGCAAGCCUAAAGACAAAAAUUGGAUCGGCGACAAAACCCAAGAUGAACUUGAUGAACUUGAAGAUGAUCCCCAACUCAACGACGAUCGCUUCCUCCAAGAAUAUAGGAAGAAGAGGUUGGCUGAGAUAAGAGAAGCUGCUAAGAUUGCACGAUUUGGAGCAGUGUUACCAAUUUCUGGAUCAGAUUUUGUGCGGGAGGUUUCACAAGCUCCAGAAGAUAUUUGGGUGGUUGUGCUUCUUUAUAAGGAUGGAUAUUCAGGAUGUCAGAUACUGUUGCAAUGCUUAGAAGAACUGGCAACGAGAUAUCCUGCAACAAAAUUUGUCAAAAUUAUCUCUACAGAUUGCAUCCCAAACUACCCAGAUCGUAAUCUUCCUACUGUUUUGGUGUACAAGAAUGGCGCACUGAAGUCAAACUAUGUUGGACUUCACAAUUUUGGUCGGAGAUGCACACCUGAAGGUGUUGCACUAACACUCUGCCAAUCGGAUCCUGUACUAAAUGAUGGACGUAGAAAGAAUGAACAAUCCAGAGAAGCUGUUUUGGAUGGAGUACGAAAGAGUUUCCUCGAGAAGGUUGUGGCAGAGCAUGAAGAUGAUGAUGGAUCUUCUAGUGAUUAAUUGUGUAGUUUUCUUAAUGUCUUUGUGGCUUCGUAGAUCAUUUGUGUUUUAUAGCAGUGACUCAUCUAGUGGCUACUUUUUGUUUUCAGUUUUUACUUGCCGAAAUGGAUUAAUCCAUUAGUCUGAUUUGCUUGAUAUCAGUGAAUUUCGGCAAGGAUUUAACUUA